CCGUGGGCGUAGCGCGGGCGUGGUUCGCGUGCUGGACGGCGCAGUGAGUCACGGAGAGACCGCCCAUCCUCUGCGGCCGCCCAUCUACCUACGGGGCGUCGUUGGUUUCGCUCCCCCGCCCGCCCACCGCCCUUACGCCCCCCGCCCACGACGCCCAGCUCCCCUCGACGUCAGGAUUAUCAUCAGAAUGGGCGCCUCGGCGUCGGUGGCCUAAGGCGACGACACCGCCCCUCGCCCUCGUCGCCUUUUGACAACUUGGCAGGAAGCGAAAGAGACAAAGGAAGAGAGAGAGAGAGAGAGGAGGACAGGACUGCCAAGCGGCGUGCGGAGGUUUUCCGGAUAUAGGGUGCGUCCGGCGUCUGGCAGCCGUAGCGAGGAAGGAGGGAAGUGGCAGACGGAGGCACAGAUAGACAGGCGUCCGCGCAGAGAGGCAGAGCCUUCCAGGCAGCUGGAAGUGGCCAGCUUCAAGGCAAUCGCAGUGAUAGACUUGGAGCACAUUUCCCUCCCCCUUCUGCUUCUCCUCCGCUCGUGGAUGUAAUCGGAGACUGACGGAGAGCGCCGCCAGGAAAAUACAGCCCCAGAUCCCCGUUUUCCGAGCCGCGUCCGCGAGCUCCUUUGGGAGUGACAGUGAUGCUUGUGCCGCCCCGCGCGCAGGUGGAGGAAAUCGGAUUGCUCAAGACAUGUCGCCCGUUGUGACUGACAUCUGCCUGAAGCGAGGACGCCGCCAAUCCCCGGGACAAAAUGGGCACCUCUAAUCUCCGCGUCGUUGCCACAGGACAGGCGAGAGUGUGCUUGGAAGAGCCCCGCGGCACGAGGAGUAGCCAUGUCUGAGCGGGAACGCGCGCGCCCCACCGCCGCCGUCGGCCAUGGGGGGGUCCACCGUGCCCAAGAUGAUGGACGGAGGUCGUGCGAGCGCGGGGUCAGCGCCCCGGAGCGAGCGGGGCCACAGCGGGACCUCGCUCGGGGGCUCGCCCCUGUCUCAGUGUCUUACGGGAUGCAUAAAACCCUGCUCUACCUCACCGCAUACGUUCUCGGCUGGUGUGGUCACGUGACGGCCGCCGCCGCCGUCGCCGCGAGGCCGCAAACCUGGCCGGACGCGCCACGGACGCACCCGGACGGGGCCGAGGUGCAGCGGAACCGGACAUUGUGGAAAAGGAAGAGUUCCCAGAGCAUUGUUUGUGUGAUAUUAUCUUUAGCUGUGCUGUGCUCGUUGCCCGCGGCGACGGAGGCCUUCUGCCCGAACGGCUGCGACUGCGACGACGCCAGCCUCACCGUCAACUGCCAGAACACGAGCCUGGAGGUGGUGCCGAUCCUCCUGAACCCCCGCGUGCAGACCAUCCUCCUGACGCGCAACCGCAUCAAGGCCCUGUCGCGCGCCCUCGUCUUCUACACGGACCUGAAAGAGCUGGACAUCUCGCACAAUGACAUCGCGACGCUGGGCGCCAAGAACUUCGAGUCGCAGAAGAACCUGGCGGAGCUGCGUGUGAGCCACAACAAGCUGAGCGCCGUGGAGGCGGCGUCGCUGGAGGGGCUGGCGGGGCUGCGCGUGCUGCUCCUCAGCGACAACCUCAUCUCCAGCGUGGACGACGGCGCCUUCCGCGGCCUCGUCAGCCUCAUCGAGCUCAACCUCUCCAACAACAGACUGAAGAGCCUGCGCGAGAGCUCCUUCGCCGCGCUGCCCAGCCUGUGGACGCUGAACCUGGGCGGCAACCUGUUCGACCGCGUGCCCAGCUCCAGCCUGCUGAACCUGUCGUCCCUCCUGGAGCUGGACCUCAGCGACAAUCAGAUCUCCCAAGUGCCUGGCCGCGCCUUCCAGGGCGCCGCCAACCUCGCCUACAUCCGCCUCGACAAAAAUAACAUCAGCGCCGUCAACCCGGCGGCCUUCUGGGGCCUCUCGGAGCUCCGCCGCCUGGCCGUGGCCGACAACAGGCUGGAGCAGGUGCCCACCCUGUCCUUCAGCGGCCUGCCCGACCUGCAGGACCUCGACCUGAGCGGCAACCUGUUUGAGGAGCUGCCCGAGGACGGCUUCAACGGCUUGGCGUCGCUGGUGAGCCUGACGGUGUCCCGGUGCCCGCGCCUCAGCAGGGUCAGCAGCGAGGCCUUCCUCAGCACGGUCCAGCUGGAGACGCUGGUGCUGAGCCACAACCCGCGCCUCGCCUCCCUCGCCCCCACCACGCUCACCUCGCUCCUCAACCUGCGGCACGUGGACCUGCGGGCGUGCGGCCUGCUGCACAUCACGCCCACGCAGGUCCCUCUGCAGCAGCUGGCGAGUCUUAUGGUGUCGGGGAAUCCCUUGCACUGCAACUGCUCCAUGGUGUGGCUCUCCCGGAUCGCCGCCGAUGACAACGCGUCCCUCACCGUCGACUCGCCCACCUGCGCCAGCCCGCCCAACCUCUAUGGCGUGUCCUUGCGCGAGCUGGGCACGGGCGGCGCGGGCUGCGACGGGCGCGUGGGCGUGUGGACCAUCGUGAUCUGCGUGGGCGUGGGCGCGACGGGACUGCUCAUAAUUGGCGUGUUCCUGUGCUGCCGCCUGCGGAAGCGCAGGAAGAAGCGGCAGAAGCGCAUCCUGCAGGACAAGCGGCCGUGGGGCGAGGUGUGGCGCAUGGAGGACCCGCUCGCCACCACGCGCCUCACGCCCACGCCCAUGAACGGCGACGCCCUCAGCCACUACCCGCUGGCGUCGCCCACUCGCCUGCGCCUGCCGCCGCGCCUGCCGCCCGACCACCCGCUCCACCAGCAGCUGAGCCUGCACCAGCAGCACGCCCCGGGGCGCGCGCAGCAGUGCCCCUUCGCCACACUGCACCCCGUCUACCACCCGCUGCUGCACCCGCCCGCCGCCGCCCACACCUCGCUCGACUCGCCCACGCACUACAGCGACUACCCACCUCUGCACGCCCACCCGCGCCCGCACACGCUGCCCAACCACUCGAGCCACCCGGCCGUCAUGCCUCUGGGUCCGCCCCCGCCCAUCCCGCCCCUGGACGAGCCGCCCAACUGGUACGCGACGAUCGGCAGCGUGGGCGGCUUCAACGACGACGACGAGGGCGACAAGAGGGCGCGCGGCGAGCGGGACGGCGGCGCCCUCGACCCGCCCGACGUCACGGCCUCCACGCCCAGGAAGGUGCCCGUGACCUACGUGUAGCG